AUGGGAAUCUCCCCUGAAGAAGGUGGAUCCAAGGUGCCCGCAUGGCGCGUGGUGUUCGAUCAAGGCUGUAUAUCCCAAGCUGUGAUCGACCAUCACUAUGAGGGGUCUGGUACCGAAGAUAAGCCCUACCAGGUCACUUGGAUGGAAGCCGAUGAGCGAGACCCCAUGAACUAUUCUGAGCUGAAGAAGUGGUUGAUCACUAUUUUGUCCGGUGUUCUGACCCUGGCCGUGGCCUUGGUGUCCUCUGCCUACUCAGGAAGUAUCAAUGAAAUUAUCCUCAGGUUCCGGGUGAGCGAGGAAGUUGCCAUCCUGGGUAUCUCGCUAUUCGUUGUCGGUUUUGCGGUCGGUCCUUUGUUCUGGGGCCCAUUGAGUGAACUAUACGGCCGACGCUACACCCUCAUUGCUAGCGCCUUGGGGCUCGCGAUCUUUACUGCUGGGGCUGCCGGGUCCCAGAACAUUUGGACAUUGAUCAUUCUUCGCUUUUUUGCCGCGACGCUGGGGUCAGCGCCCUUUGCGGUAUCAGGGGGUGUCAUUACUGAUAUCUUUCCCAUGAUCAGCCGAGGACUGGCCAGUGGACUAUAUUGUAUUGCGCCUUUCUUGGGCCCAACCCUCGGUCCCAUCAUCGGCGGGUUCAUAUCUGAGAACGCUGGGUGGCGCUGGGUUGAAGGUGUGGUGGCGAUAUUUGCUGGGGCUUUGGCAAUCCUCACUUUCUUUACCUUGCCCGAAACGUGCGCUCCGGUGUUGUUGCGGAAACGAGCUGCGCGUCUCUCAGCCCAUACAGGUCAAGUCUACCGAAGUAAGCUAGAGAUUGAGCAAGGCAAGAAAUCGCCUGCAGCAGUCUUGAAGGUUGCUCUCUCUCGGCCAUGGCUUCUUCUUUUCCGCGAGCCUAUUGUUCUGCUCCUGUCGAUCUAUCUGUCUAUCAUCUAUGGAGUGCUAUAUCUUAUGUUCGCCGCUUUCCCUAUCGUCUACGAAAAAGGUCGCGGCUGGUCAGAGGGCAUCACGGGGCUGUCCUUCGUCGGAGUUCUGAUUGGAAUUCUCAUCGCAGCCGGUUGCACAUUUCCGAUGUAUUUCAGAUACAAGAAGAAGGUCCUAUCUACCACAGGGCGCAUUCCGCCAGAAGCACGUCUUCCCGAUUCAUUCUGGGGAGCUAUCGCUCUGCCUGUUGGUCUGUUCUGGUUUGCCUGGACCAAUUACCCAUCUAUUCACUGGAUGGCCUCUAUCGCGGCCGGUGUCCCAUUCGGAUUUGGCAUGGUCAUGGUCUUCCUGCCGGUGCUAAAUUACCUCAUUGACGCCUACACUAUUUAUGCUGCCUCGGUGUUGGCCGCGAAUGCCGCAUUGCGCUCCAUGUUCGGUGCUGCAUUCCCGUUGUUCACCACACCGAUGUACAAUAAUCUGGGGAUCCAUUGGGCUUCGUCGAUUCCGGCUUUCUUGGCCCUGGCAUGUGUCCCUAUGCCAUUCCUCUUCUAUCGCUACGGUGCGACUAUCCGGAAGAAGUGCCACUACGCAGCAGAGUCGGAUGCCCUUAUGGAGAUGAUGUUCGGCCAGGCUGCGGCGAAGGAAGUCAAGGUCCAAGGGAAGGAGCCUUCUCCUAGCUCGGCUUGA